AUGUCCACUGCCCCAACCACCACGUCAUCCAACAAUGACCGGCGCACCCGUCGUUCUGAUGUGGAUUUCACUAGGUUCUUUCAGAUCGUCGAGACGGAUGAAGCAGCACAGGAUGAGACACCUGUCAGGCAGCCAGCUCACUUAGCUCACUCUGCGCCAAACGGGCCAGCCGAACGCCAAGCUGCGCCCAACCCUACAUCAGCACGCUCCACUGCGUCUGGUCCAUCCGAGACGGUUGAUCUUACCGGGCCAGACAACGGCCAGGUCCCUGCCAGUGGUCAGACUCCGCCUAAUAAACGUCAACGUACUUCUGCCGUACAAUCCACUGCACGACCCACUACGUCCUGGCCAGGUGUAUGGGGGACGUUGAGCAGCAUAAAAGGCGACCUUUCCUCACUUGCUGAGAGCCGCGGUACAUACGCCAAACGGAUGGAGGCAUGUACAAAGGAGCUGGGCAAGUGCUCAAAGCUACUCAAUGAAGGCCUGAUACCAGCGCUGAGGCGCCUCGAGGCCGUGACCGCCAAACUGGAGGAAGAACAAAUGGCCGCCAAAGCUGCGCUGGCUGAUCAGAAGCGAGGCUAA